AUUCUCACGGAAGUCUGCUUGUUUCUUUUGAGUACUUAUGAACAACCACGUGUCUUCGAGCCCCUCUACCAUGAAGCUGAAGCAGACCAUCAACCCCGUUCUUUUGUACUUCAUACAUUUUGUAGUAACGCUUUAUACGAUUUUGACGUACAUCCCCUAUUACUUCCUGGCGGAGUCACGAAAAGGCAAAUCCAAUCAGAUCAAAGCCAAGCCCGUGAGUUCCAAGCCGGAGUCCGCGUACCGCUCGGUCAACAGUCUGGAUGGCUUGGCCUCGGUCAUCUACCCUGGGUGCGACACGCUCGACAAAGUGUUUCUCUUUGCAAAGAACAAGUUCAAAGACAAACGACUCCUGGGCACCCGGGAAAUCUUAAGCGAGGAAGAUGAAGUACAGCCCAAUGGGAAAAUUUUUAAGAAGGUUAUUCUUGGACACUAUAAUUGGCUCUCCUAUGAAGAUGUCUUCGUGAGAGCCCUUAAUUUCGGGAAUGGCUUGCAGAUGUUGGGCCAGAAACCCAAAACCAACAUCGCCAUCUUCUGCGAGACCCGGGCUGAGUGGAUGAUCGCGGCCCAGGCGUGCUUCAUGUAUAACUUCCAGCUUGUCACGCUGUACGCCACCCUCGGAGGCCCUGCCAUCGUGCACGGGUUAAAUGAAACGGAAGUCACCAACAUCAUCACCAGCAAAGAGCUCUUGCAGACCAAGCUGAAGGACAUCGUGUCCCUGGUCCCGCGCCUGCGACACAUCAUCACCGUGGACGGGAAGCCUCCCACGUGGUCCGAGUUCCCUCAGGGCGUCAUUGUGCACACCAUGGCGGCUGUGCAGGCCCUGGGCGCCAAGUCCAGCGCAGAGAGCACGCCACAGAGCAGACCGCUGCCUUUGGACAUCGCAGUGAUCAUGUACACAAGUGGAUCCACGGGACUCCCCAAGGGCGUCAUGAUCUCCCACAGCAACAUCAUUGCUGGGAUAACUGGGAUGGCGGAAAGGAUCCCACGAUUGGGGGAGGAAGAUGUGUAUAUCGGCUACUUGCCGCUGGCCCAUGUCCUCGAGUUAAGUGCUGAGCUCGUCUGCCUGUCUCACGGAUGCCGCAUUGGCUACUCUUCGCCCCAGACUUUAGCAGAUCAGUCUUCAAAAAUAAAGAAAGGAAGCAAAGGAGACACGUCCAUGCUGAAACCCACGCUGAUGGCCGCUGUUCCAGAAAUCAUGGAUCGGAUCUACAAAAAUGUUAUGAAUAAAGUGAAUGAAAUGAGUAGUUUUCAACGUCAUCUGUUUAUCCUGGCGUACAAUUACAAAAUGGAACAGAUUUCCAAAGGGUACAGCACUCCGCUGUGUGACCGCUUCAUUUUCCGGAAAGUUCGGAGCCUGCUGGGUGGAAACACGCGGCUGCUCUUAUGUGGGGGCGCCCCUCUCUCCGCGACCACACAGCGGUUCAUGAAUAUCUGCUUCUGCUGCUCCGUGGGCCAGGGCUACGGACUCACGGAAUCGUGUGGGGCCGGCACCAUCACCGAAGUGUGGGACUACAAUACUGGCAGAGUGGGAGCACCGUUGGUCUGCUGUGAAAUUAAACUAAAGAACUGGGAGGAAGGUGGAUACUUUAAUACUGAUAAACCACACCCCAGAGGUGAAAUUCUUAUUGGUGGCCCAAAUGUAACAAUGGGAUACUACAAAAAUGAAGCGAAAACAAAAGCUGAUUUCUUUGAAGACGAGAAUGGUCAGAGGUGGCUCUGUACUGGAGAUAUUGGGGAGUUUGACCCUGAUGGUUGUCUAAAGAUUAUUGAUCGUAAAAAGGACCUUGUGAAACUCCAGGCUGGCGAAUACGUCUCUCUGGGGAAAGUCGAGGCAGCUCUGAAGAAUCUCUCCCUCAUAGAUAACAUUUGUGCGUAUGCGAACAGUUACCAUUCCUACGUCAUCGGCUUUGUCGUGCCAAAUCAGAAGGAGCUGACGGAGCUGGCUCGCAGGAAGGGGCUGCAGGGCACGUGGGAGGAGCUGUGUAACAGCUGCGAGAUGGAGAAUGAGGUCCUGAAAGUGCUUUCUGAAGCUGCUAUUUCAGCAAGUCUGGAAAAGUUUGAAAUUCCUGUAAAGAUUCGUUUGAGCCCCGAACCGUGGACCCCUGAGACCGGCCUAGUGACAGACGCCUUCAAAUUGAAGCGCAAAGAGCUGAAGACCCAUUACCAGGCGGACAUUGAGCGCAUGUACGGGAGGAAGUGACGGGAGGAGGGACGGACGGUCCGCCUUCAGCCUCCGUCCGCUGCAGGGAGCUCAGAGCAAAUGGGAAAAUACUUGAAUCGCACGUCUCAGUCCGAGAGGCAAACUCGUUCCUCCUAUUUAACCUAAACUGUUGCUUCUCACGGCAUCACCGUUUUUAACUGACAGGAUUAGUAAACGAUUAAGACAGCAAACUCGUGUCUGUCUCUUCUUUCUCCCCCCUCCUCCAGUGUGCCACCCACCCAGGACUGCACCUGUCAGCAUGAGGACUCUGAAUCCUGUGGGGGAACCAACAGUACUUUUAAGACCUCAGUUUUUAAGACAUGAUUUCUAUGUUCUGUAUAAUGUUCAGUUUGUAACUUUUUAAAAGUUUGGAUGUAUAGAGGGAUUACAUAGGAUAUAUAAAAAAAAAAUUGGUUAUUGGGGGAGGGGCUUUUUUACUUACUGUAUUUAAAAAAUGCAAGGAUGUGAAAUUAUGUAAAUUUCAAAUGCUUAUAAAUCAGAUCAUUGUUGAACAAAAGAUUUGUUGCUCUGUAAUUAUUGUCCUGUAUGCCUUUGAGAGAAAUAAAUAUACCCACACUUACGUUUUAAGAAAGCGA